CUCAUUAGGAGACGGCAAGUAACAUUCCCAUGAAAUCCAAUAAUAAUAAUAAAUAAUAAUAGUAAUAAUAAUAAUAUGAACACAAUCGUAAUAGAAUAGCUGGGCUGGACUCACGAGAAACGAAUGAUCCAGCCAACAAUUUCAUACUGAAAUGGUCAACGUAAUUUCACUUGCUAUGUAUUGUUGGAUAAAGGGCUUAGGCUCCCCUAUAAGUAAUUAGGCAGGCACGAUGGCAGGAAUUUUUCACUGCGGAGGAGGGUCGGUCGGCCAGAUGUGUGGUGCGAGAACUCCCCCCGGAUUUACUAUAUAAAGUAUGGUAAGUCUGAAAUUUCACUAUGAAUUGGAUUUGUAGUUGUAGUAGUAAUUGUUAAUUGUUAAUUGUUAGUUAAGUAUAUUUCAUCAUGACUUUGAGUAAACACGUAGAUGCUGAAGAGUUGGAACAUAAGUUGUUGAAGAAGCACAAUACAAAGAGACUGUACAAGAAUGAACAGUACAUUUCCAGAUAUGACAGUGAUGAAAAGAUCCCCAAAUUUGAGAUUCCAGAACAAUCUUCAGAUAAGGAAUUGGUUUAUAAGUAUUUGAGUGAAGAAUUGACUUUAGAUGGUAAUCCUACUUUGAAUUUAGCUUCAUUUGUUAAUACCACUAUUGAUGAUAUUCAAUUACAAUUGGUUACUGAUAAUAUCGUUAAGAAUUUGGCUGAUAAUGAUGAGUAUCCUUCCUUAAUUGAUUUUCAACAACGUUGUAUUUCCAUCAUUAGUAAUUUAUGGAAUGCUCCUGCUACGUUUAACAAGGCUACUGGUAAAAGAAGUGUUAAUACUGUUGGAGCAGCAACUACAGGAUCAUCGGAAGCAAUUAUGUUGGCAGGUUUAGCAUUAAAGAAGAGAUGGCAAGAAAAGCAAAAGGCUCAAGGGAAGUCAAUUGAUAAUCCUAAUAUUAUUAUGGCUACUUGUGCUCAAGUUGCUUUAGAAAAGUUUGCCAGAUAUUUUGAUGUUGAAAAUAGAUUAGUUCCAAUUACUGAAGAAUCUGGUCAUGUUAUUGAUAGUAGUAAAAUUAAAGAAAAUGUCGAUGAAAAUACUAUAGGGAUCUUUGUAAUUCUUGGAUCUACAUUUACUGGAGCUUUUGAACCCGUUGAAAAGAUUAAUAAUCUUUUAGAUGAAAUUGAAAAGGAAAAGGGAAUUGAUGUUAGAAUUCAUGUUGAUGGAGCAUCGGGAGGAUUUGUGGCUCCAUUUGUUUAUCCUCAUUUGAAAUGGGAUUUCCGAGUUCCUCGUGUUGAUUCUAUUAAUACUUCAGGUCAUAAGUAUGGAUUAACUACUGCUGGUUUAGGUUGGGUGAUUUGGAAAGAUCAAGAUUUAUUACCAAAGAGUUUAAAGUUUUCCUUAGAUUAUUUGGGUGGAGUUGAAGAAACUUUUGGAUUAAAUUUCUCGAGAGCUGGAUUCCCAGUUAUUUUACAAUAUUAUAAUUUCCUUCAUCUUGGUAGAGAAGGUUAUACAAAAGUAUUCAAUAGUUGUAUUGAAAAUGCUAGAUUAUUAAGUAAUAUGUUGGAAGGAUCUGAAUACUUCGAAGUGUUAUCGGUCAUUCAUAAAAAGAUUCCAAAUGCAGAAACUAAGGCUAUUACUUAUACUGGACCUCAUGAAGAAUCAACUAAACAUAGUCCUAAUAGUAUUCGAAAUGAAAAUUUCGAACCUGGUUUACCAGUAGUUGCCUUUAGAUUUGCUAAGAAACUUCGUGAAGAUUACCCAGAAAUUCCUCAACGUAUCUUUUCGACUUUAUUAAGAAAUAAAGGAUUUAUCGUUCCAAACUAUCAUUUAAGUCCUGAUGAAAAUGAUAAAGAAAUUCUUCGUGUUGUGGUUCGUACUUCAUUAUCAUUAAACUUGUUGGAGAAGUUAUUUGUGGACAUUGUUGAUUCUAUUGAAUUAUUAAUUCAAUCAUGUGUCACUGUUCGUGAAAUGAUUGCUGCUAAGGAUAAUUCAGAUGAACAAAAUAAAGAAGCUAUUUAUAGUUUAUUAUUAUCAAUUGCUUCCAAUGGUGUUGAAGAUGCUAAACAAUUCCAGCAUAAGCUUUUGGAUCAUGCCGGUAAUCAUCAUGGUAAGAAUAAGAAAUCUUAUCGUGGUACAUGUUAGGGAGUAGUGUGUGAUAUAUAGUGGUUUUUAUUUUUAUUUUUAUUUUUAUUUUUAUUUUUAUUUUUAUUUUUAUUUUUAUUUUUAUUUUUAUUUUUAUUUUUAUUUUUAUUUUUAUUUUUAUUU